CCUCGCUGCCGUACAACCCCACCCCAGGCGACCCUGCGUGGAUGUGCGGGAGGCCGAGUCGGAGGUGCGGGAUGGACAAGAGAGACAAGGCCAGGGCAGGGGCCGCUGCUCGGACGACGGCUUCUCACCCUCCGGGCCGUCGGAAAACCCCCAGACCCCCAGCGUCUCCUCGACCCCCUCCACCAGUAAUCCCCGCGGCCCUCAGAGUUCUGGGAGCAGGGGGAGCUGCGGGGCGAGGGCCCCUGGCCGAGCGAGGGGCCGGCGUCCGGCCAGCCGCUCUUUCUGAAGCUACUUCCGCGGUGGAACCCACGCGGAGCACCGGGACAAGCCCCAGCAACCCAGGCCUUCUCCGGGCAGCCACGAGGCUCGCAGCGGCAGGGAGAGGGGAGCGGACCCCUGCCAAGAUCCCUGGCCCAGGCUCUAUCUCUAGCCCUGGACGAGCCAGCGGUACCCCCAGGCUAGGCCCUCUUGGGCAGAAAGGACUCCAGCUCCCAGCUGAGGAACCUAGGGGCAGAGGAAAACCCCCAGAAACUCCCAGAAUGAGUGCCCUGAGUGUGGAGACACGGAGAGACUCUUCCGGUCCCACCCCAGGCGCUCCUUUCCCAGCCAUCUCCCAUCGGUCUCGGGGUGGGGGUGCUGAUGUGGGACUCCCUCGGGCAGCUUCGAAUGCCCGGCCACGACCCCUGGCGGAAGCCCCCAGGAAAUCAGUGAGCAAUGCCCCGGAGCGCAGCACCGUGGAGCCGAGCCCUGCUGCCAGGAGACGACCCAGCUCCUGCGGGGGCCUCCAGAGGCCAGCCUCACGCCUCCUGGGCUCUAGCGCCACCCCUUUGUCCUCCCCAGCCCGCUCCCCGGCCUCGCUGGGUGGAACACCCCGGGCUCUGGGGCACUCCUCGCAGGCCAAGUCGAAAGGGCUGCAGGCUCUGCGCCCCCCACAGGCCGCACCCUCAAGGAAGGGCGCAGCCAUCCUGCAGAGCCUUUCUCCCCCUUUGGCCACGUCAUCUCCACGGGUUCAGACCGCACAACUGGCACCGCCUGUCCUUAUCACAGCCACUACUCUGCGGGACACACCCCUUACAUCUCCACCCGCCACGCCUCCUUCGCAGGCCCUUACGGGUCCCCUGGCCACGUCCGUUCCACUAGCUCCUCCUCCCUCUGCUUCACUCUCUCUGCAGAACCUCCCCUCUCCGCCAGCCACACUCCCUUUGCAAGCUCCACUCAUACACCUGAGUACAUCCUUUCCAGAGGCACCCGCCUCUCCCACGGCCACUCUUCUAGCUCCAGUCUCUCCUUCAGGUUCACCUCCUCUGCAGAGUACGUCCCCUACCCAGGUUUCUCCGGCUUUGCCCUCUCUUCCGACUCUCCCCUCUCCCUUGACCACACCACCUUCGUCAGCUGGUCUGCCACCAGCCACGCCCCCUCCACGAGUCCCUCUUUCUCAGUCAAGGUCUCUGCGGAACUUACCCUCUCCCUUAGCCACAGCCCCUCUGCAGGACUUUUCUGCGCUGACCACUCCCCCCGCACUGGCCAGUCCUCUGUCUCCGCCCCAUCUUCAGCCCUCGGCCUAUACACUGGCCAUACCUCCCACGCAGGACCCUCUUCUAGCCAUAUCCCCUCCGCAGGCUCCUCCUUCUUCACUGGCCACGCCCCCAAUGCAGACCCCACCUCUGGUCACGUCCCCUCUUCAGGCCGCUCCCUCUUUGGUCCUGCCUCUUCUACAGGCCCCACAUUUUCUGGCCUCACCAGCUUUUCAAGCCCCUCCCCUGAACACGCCCCCUCCACAGAGUCCAUCUUCUCUGGACACACUUUCUCUACAGGUCUCUCCCUCUUCUCAGACCCUGUCCCCCCUACAGGUCUCACUUUCUCUGGCCUCACCACCUUUGCAGGCUACUCCUGUUCCGUCCAAUCCUUUCUUGGCUAUGGCCCCUGUGCAAACCCAAACUCUGGCCUUGCCUUCUCUGCAAGACCCUCCCCCUCCAAUGGCCACGCCCCCUCCUCCGGCUCCACCUUCUCUAGUCUUGUCCCCUCUGCAGGCCCUUCCCUCUCCCCCUGCCUCACCCCCUCUUCAGACUCCACGCCGCCCCCCAACCCCGGGUCCCGAUGCCCCGAUCCCGGGCCCACGGUUGACCCUGGCGCUGGCCUCGGCCCCGCCGCCACCGCCCUCGCGCAGCCCGUCCAGUACUCUGAGCGGCCCGGACCUGGCGGGCCACAGCAGCAGCGCCACGAGCACCCCGGAGGAGCUGCGCGGCUACGACAGCGGGCCUGAGGGCGCCGCAGCCUCCCCACCCGCCGACGCGGAGCUCGCCGCCUGCCAUCCGGCCGCCUGGAGCCGAGGGCCCGCUCCGCCGCUGGCCGCCCGCCGCACCCCGGGAGUGCCCCUGCCUUGGCCUCCAGCUGCUGGGCCUGGCUCUGCUGACGGCCUGUGCACAAUCUACGAGGCUGAAAGGCCUGAGUCGGCGACCGCCGCCCAAGGAGCGCUGGAUCCCGGGCCCGGACCCGGCGCGGGUGGUGGGAAGGUGGCGGCCGGGACAGGGACGCGGGUGGCCUCGCGCGGCGUGAAGCCAGCGCGCCUGGGCGAGCUGCCACUGGGGGCUCUGCAGGCGAGCGUCGUGCAGCACCUGCUGAGCCGGACGCUGCUGUUAGCGGCGACGGAAGGUGCCACAGGCGACAGCGGCUGUGGCCCGGGGAGCGCUGGGGGUGGUGGCAGCGCGGGCGGCGCCCGGACUGCGCUCAGCGAUGCUGAACUGGGUCGCUGGGCCGAACUGUUGUCUCCUCUGGACGAGUCCCGCGCCAGUAUCACUUCUGUCACCAGCUUCUCCCCGGACGACAUGGCUUCCCCGCAGGGUGACUGGACCGUCGUGGAGGUGGAGACCUUCCACUGAGUCAGAUUCUUCUAACUCCGCCCACCACACUCCACCCCCGCCUUAGCAUCCGACCCUCCCGUUACACCUCUUGGUCUUAGACCCUGGUCUCCUCCUUCUGGAAUCCAGGUCUCCGUAGAAUUUUGGCCCAAAUUCGCGACCCACCCACACCUUUUGCCAAGGCCCUCCCCUCGAGCUUCGCCCCUUUGGCCUGGGACACGCUCCCCAGGAGCCCCGCUUCCUCCCUCAGCCUAGCCCCCAUUCCAUGUGUAUAGUUUGCAAUAAAGCCGGGACACUGCC